AUGAUUCCAGUUUCCAGUCUUUGGGAUUUCCGAUUGCUACAGAAGAUGGCUUUUCCAAGCCAACUGCUCAUCGGUAUGGGCGUUAAAGUCGCCAUUACGAUCCUAACAAUCGUGACUCUAAUCCUCCUCGACCCCGCCUACGUCACCGCGUACAUCUCGAUCAACUACGAGAUUGUCAUCAUCUAUCUGGUAUCCGCCCUGACCCUUCUCUACUGUAUCGUCUCAGUUUUGAUGUCAUUCUUGUUGGCGAAACGUGGAGAAGACACUCCACUCACUAAUUGUGCUUUCUCGGAAAUCAUCUUCGCCACCGGAGGAAUCAUGGGAUGGCUCAUCAUCAUCGGAAUCGGCGGCACCAUCUCCCAACGUACUAUCAUUGAGACCGGAGAACGAUUCGGAUGGAUUGGAGCUCUCGCCGGACUCAACGUCGGUUGUUUCCUCAUCAUCGCCGCCAUCUUCGCCGCGAACGUCGUCAGCGAGAAGAUUCUUCAACGUCAAAGUCGAUUCAAUAAGUACGAUCGUGGAGUUUACAUGCAAAAUUGA